CAGAGUGGAGUGGACUAGCUGAAGAAAGGUCACCUCAUGGCUUCAGGGUACUGACCCUGGAUCUCUCUCUCCCCUAAUCUCAGUGUGAGGUUUUGCCACCAUGAGGCUUCUGCAUCAUCAGCCCUGUCUCCUCCUAGUUGGAGAAGGAAACUUUUCCUUCUCUGCCAGUUUGUGUGAAGCAAGGAGCUGUGAUGCUCACAUUGUUGCUACCUGCUAUGAGAGUGAAGCUACUGCAACUAGACAAGCUGUUGCCAAGUCCAACAUACAAUAUCUGAGGGACAGAGGUGCUAAAGUUCUCUUUUGUGUUGACUGCACAAAACUGAAGGAGCAUUUUUUGCCAGCUGAUUGGAAAUUUGAUUGCAUUUAUUUCAACUUCCCCCACUGUGGGAGAAAAGCUGGAGUGAAAAAGAACAGGGAGCUUCUUGCCAGGUUUUUCUUUAGCUGUGCAGAGGUCCUGGCAGAGAAAGGCGAGGUCCAUGUGGCACUUUGCAGAGGGCAGGGUGGUACCCCUGCAGACCAGCCUGUGAGAGAAUGGCAUAACAGCUGGCAAGUAGUGGCUAUGGCAGCGGAGGCAGGAUUUAUUUUGAGCGACAUUCAUCCAUUUAACAUCGGGGAUGCUUGCAGAUAUAAAUGUACAGGUUACAGGAGUCAGGACAAACCUUUUCAUGUAGAAGGAGCUUUGAAUCACAUAUUCACACAGAGUGUGCCUUUUCAGCAUCCCAAACCUAUGAUCUUUCAAACAGAACUGGAAGGAAAGUUGGUUUCCUUCCCUGUUCCAGAGAUAUUUCUAGAUAAGAUUAACAGGGGUUUCCUGGAUACAAAUUCGGAACAUCCUAUAAGAACAAUAAACGAAAAGCUCACUGAUGAGCUUGGCAAGUCUUUCCCAGUUCAGAAAGUGAGUGCUUCUCUUUCCUUGAUGUUCCAAGAUUGUCACAGCUCUUCUUCUACUCUGGAUGCCACUUGGAUGGUUCCUGCUGCCCAAAGUAACCCAAAAGCCAAGUCUGUGGUUAAUAAAACUGCAGCGGAUACAGAGGCCUUUGCCUUUCCUUCUGGCUUUCCUGCCUGGGAUGAUACAGAUCUGGGUGGCAGCUUGAUCAGCUGGGAAAGAGAUUGGAUCUUUGGACAUUAUUGUCUCCGACCUUCCCUUCUUGUUUCUCUUCACAGAACUGUACGAGACAGAGAGCUUCCUCUGGGGACUUUCCUGGUCCUCAGCGGGCUGGCAUUUAGGAAAUGCAAGCUCUCUGCUCAUGCUCUGCCCAUUUUUCACGAGUCCGUUUUUAUCUGCGUGGUUAAUAAGGGCACAGAAGAAGCGUGUAGCCAGCUCCUUGCAGAAAACCUUACAAGUACUUUAUGUGCUCUGCUCCAGCCUUCAGGCUUCAAGCUAGAUUGUACAGCGGACAAGCCAAAGACACAGCGAAAUACUUUUGCGAAUCCUGAACUUCAGCUCCUUAAAUCAAAGUACUUUUUCAGUGUGACCCCUGACACUUCUGACCCAGACCCAAAUAAACUUUGUGUAGGGACCCUAAGUACAACGCCGUGGCAGCCUACAAGCAUUGAUCGAGAAAUUGUUUGUGCUUCGCUGAACCUUGACCUUCUGGCCAUGCAUGUAUGUGAAAUCUUUGACUGGCGCAUGCUCUGGACUUCUGACGAGCGCUUCCUAAAUCAGUUUGCAGGAGGGCAUUUAGGUCCGUUCAAGAGCUUUUCCCUCUACCCAGUCUCCUACGUUCAUGACGUCAGCUUCUGGGUUCCAAAACCAGAAAAGUUUAACGAGACCCAGCUCCAUGCCAUUGCCAGGUGUGUGUCUUCUGAAUCAGUGGUGUCUAUCCAACUGCUUGACAGCUUUCGGCACCCAGGCACAGGGCAAACCAGCCUCUGCUACAGGAUCACUUACCAGUCUUGUGACAAAGCACUCAGUCGCCAGCAGGUGGCAACGAUGCAGAUGAACCUUAGGAAAGAAAUACAGCGCUGUCUGCACGUGACACUUAGGUAGUUCUUUAUCAUUCUGUGCAGACAGGUUUUGUUGGACUCCAUAAUUCAAAUUAACUGUGAGUGUUAACAUCAGGCCAACCGUAGCAAGCCUUUUAUAAAGGCUGGAUGGGCUUGAAGGUGGUGCAUACACCACCUUUUUCUAUUUUCCUAUUUAAGGCAAUAAAGUCAAACACUUUAUAAACCUUG